AUGAAAAUAAAGGUAUUAUAUUUAAAAUGAAACAAAACAAAACUAUCAAGGCGGAUUUUUUUUUUCUUAUAUCUAUAGAAAAUUGGAAUCGUAUAUGUGAUCGUCUUAUUGAAUUAAUUGAAGCAAAUGAGUUAGCACAAAUGAAUACAAUGGAUUUAGAAACUUAUUCAAAAUUAAUACAUGAACUUGAUUCAACUAUUGAUUCAUAUAAACAUACAAUUUCAAAUCAUAAACAUGUAAUAUCUGCAAGUGAAAAAGCUAUGUUACAAGUAUGUGUUCGUCUUAUUGAUCAAUAUAAUAAAAACAAAAAAUGA